CAGUGCCUGGCACCAGGUGAGCUAAAUGCUUGUUGACGUGCCGACUUUCCUUACAAGAAUUCUCUAGGCAAAGUAGUUCCAGGAUUAUUAUUUCCAUUUUGCGGAGGGAAAAACUGAGUCCCAGAGAGGGAGAGUUCAGUACCCGAGGGCACACGACUACACUCUGAGCUGUAGGGCUGGGACUGGCUGAACCUGCUCCCCCAGUUCCCUGGGGUGCUUUCCUUUAGAAUGGCAUUCGGUGCCUCCGGCGGAGAAAGUGCAGGGUGGCCUAAGGAAGGCCGGGCUGGGAGAGCCACAGAGGAAGUAAUGAAACGGUUCGGAGUCUGAAUGAGUGAAGGACGGCGGGGGUCUGGGGCCGGGGCGCCCAGGGGAGCACGCGGGAGUUUGGUAGGGGAGGAGACGGGGCGGGCCCCGCCGCGGACCGGCCUCUCCCACUGCCUCGACUCUUCUACUUUCAUUUUCUGCCCUCUGACAGCCAUGGGCGGCAGCAGACUUCUGGACUUCCAGCUUCUGCUUCUUAUUCUAAUCGGCAUUGAUGGAGCCUUGUGCAGAAACACCACGUCCCCCAGGCUUGGCACCGAUUCCAAGUGGCCACAAGUAAAGAAAAACUUCACUAAGAGGGAAGCCACAUGUCCCAAAGGCCAGCACCCUGUAGGGGCCAUCUGCUGCCAGUUAUGCCCUCCUGGCACAAAGAAGGUUCUUGACUGUCUGGUAGAUGGAGGCAAACCAAACUGUACAAGCUGUGCCCUUGGGGAGGAGUACAUGGACCAUCCUCACUAUUAUGAUAAAUGCCUACGGUGUGGCCUUUGUGAUGGAGAGCAUGGCUUGGAGGUCAGGAAGAACUGUACCACUCUUCAAAACGUCGUAUGCGGAUGUGCCAAGCACUUUUUUUGCAACACCCCUGAGUGUAAGCACUGUGACCCCUGUGCCCAGUGUGAACACGGCUUCCUUGAGGAAUGCACUGAAAACAGAAAUGCCAUCUGCCAUGAGGAAGUCCCAGGGAAUAAAUGGCUCUAUCUGCUGUUGCUGCUGCUAAUCCUGGCUCCAAUUCUUCUCAUUAUUUAUUGCUGGAGAAGAAAAUUCAAAGGGAAUGGCUAUUCCUUGGAAAAGGGAAAUGAGGAAAACAUUCCCCUGAGUUAUACAGAUAUUGACUUGAGUACACAUAUCUCAAAAAUUGCUGAGAACAUGGAACUAGACCAGGUUAGGAAGUUUGUCCGGGAGAUGGGCACAACCGAAGUUAAAAUUGACCAAGUCAAGAAUGAUUACAACAACGACACGGAAGAGCAGAAAUUCCAGCUGCUCAAACACUGGUAUGAGAGCCACGGGAAGAAGGGGGCGCACAGACGUCUCAUCCUGGGCCUCAGAGAGAUGGGCCUGCGUGUUGUUGCUGAAAAGAUACAGGACGUCAUCAGUACCCAGCCAGGAAAUGACGUCAUCAACACCCACCCAGAGAAUCAACCCGAAAAUGGAAACUCCAGCAUUCCACACAACCAAGGCCCGGCCUCCAGUUAGAAGUCUCUGGAGCCCUGUGCCUGUCCAAGUAGCUUCCAAGACAGCGAAGAGGGAGGGGGUUAGUUAAAUCAGACAUCAUUCCAAGGUCUGGGAUGUAAAUAUAAUGACUUUAAGAGCAGUUUUUAAUUUUUAGGACAUAGAUACUUAUAUAAGAGUAUAAUCCCAAUCUACCUGUGUAAAUCAGGCCCUCUUGGAAGGUCUCCCCUGCCUCUCCCCACCCUCCCCCGCAAGAAAACAUCCUUUCUUUAUUUCUGGCUGAUGUCUGGAUUUCCACCAUUAAAACUUUGGCCCUGCCUUCUAUGAAAGGUUAAAUGCCCAAAGAAAAGUGUGGAGACAUGGACUUACUUCAUCUUGUAACCUACUUUUAUUUUCUAUCAGAGAGGCAAACAACUUGGGUCAUUGAUAGAUCCCACAUACUCAUAGCUGCCCACCAUUCCUAAUCCUAGAACCAGGCCCCUUUCUCCCUUCCUUGAACUUUGGGAGAGGAUACCUAUCUUUCUUGGACUUGUGAAAGCAGCACCUCCCUCCUGGUCAAAAUUUAGGUUGUAAAAAGAUGGGACCGCAAGAAGAUUGGCCAACAUGGAGGAGUAGAAGGAAUCAGUACUACUGAGCUCUCCCCUAAAGCAGCCCUAGCAAAAGCCUAGGAAGAGUGCCAGAUGGAGCAGCGACUGGGAAAUCUGCAGAGACAACAGUGAGUCAUUCUCCUAGGAACAAGGGCCAGCCAGCAGCUGUGUCCUUCUGACCCAAGAGAUGGGUUGAGGAUCCAGUGGACUGAGGAGGGAACCUGCAGCUAGACCUGACCUGUGGCCGUAUCCAGAGCAAGCAAUAGCAGUGUGGCACUGACCUCAGAAAAGAGUUGCAGAUUCAGUCCUGAGCCUGUAGCUGAGUAACCAGAAAGCUCAGACCAAGAGGGAACCUACAGUUCUAUCACUAUGAACCUAUGGAGUCUUUCAACUAGCCAACAGGGGCUAGCAGUCUACUGGACUGCUAACCAAAGGAAAAUCUACAGUUGUGUUACCCAGACUCAAACUCGGUUCAGGAAUUUGCAAAACUCUGACAAGGAAGGCAGUGAUCAGACUGUUUUGAGCACCCUGAAAGUUAAGUUUCCUGGACUGAACUGCCCUGAGAUCCCUGAAGAAUGCAGUAUUCAGUGUCCAAAGAAAGCACCAGCAGUUCCCAGAGAACUCAAAUCAGGGCCAAACAAGGUCCCAACAUUCCCUCCAGAAGUUCCUGACUCAAGAAGCAAGUCUAGAAGAAUGAGUCAGCAACAACAAAAAAAGAUUCCCAUCAUAAGGAGCUGUUAAGCUACAAACCCCAAAAAAGAGAAUAAAGCCAAAAUAAGCAAAGCCUCAAAAAAAUGCACCUUGGGAAGCAGGCCUUGCCUAGGCCUGCCUGCCCACUCCAGUGGCUUUCCAGCUCAAGUCUUCAGGUACAUUCAUCCAUCUUUCUAUGAAAAAAUUAAAAUGGCUUCUAUAGGAAAGACAGAGACAAGUCAAUUAAAACGGAACUUAGAAAAACGAUCGGACAGACUAAUGCAAUAGUUACGAGAUUGGAAGAAUGCAGAGAAGAGCCUGAAGUGGACGAAUAUGAAGAAACCAAAAAAGACUUUGGAACAGCUGGGUGAAUUCAAUGAUUCGCUGGAGACAAUUAUGUCUGGAAACAUGACUUUGGUAGACGAACUUAGUAGGAUGCAACUGACCAUUCAGGCGGCCCUCAGCCAGAGGUUAUCAGAUUGUUUGCAAAGAAACAGCCAGGGCAGCUGCAGACAAGAUUAGCAGAGAUGGACAGAGACCUGGUGGUUGGAAAAUGGAAAGAGAUGUGUGCGCCCAAGAGAAGCCAGAGAUACCUGACUGCCCUGCGGAACUUGGGAGAAAAGCUGACUGCCAGCGAGGCCUUCCUGUCCACAAAGCCAGUUUAAGGAAGUCUCCACUGACCUUGGCUCUGGAGACAAAGUCCUCACUUUGGCAAGUUUUGAAGUGGAAAAAAAAUGAUGAGGAGCUUUGUAGAAUCCUGGGGCACUAGUGCAAAUGACACCCCACUCCCCCCACCCAAUGAGGUUGCGGCUUACCACGCAGACGCACCUGCUGGCCGCCGGUUCAUGCUUCCGUCCUCUUCCUUCCGUGGUCAUUCCUCAGCAGUCUGCUCUUUUAGCUGUUACUGUAGCAAGAAAAUGAGAAAUAGAUUCUGUCCAAGCCCCCUUGGGAAGGGAUCAGGGGACCUAGAGCCCAGUUGUUUGCUUUGUUUUCAAACCAAGUCAUGAUGUUCUAGGACAUAACUUGGCUUUAAUCAUUUUGAUCUUGAGUUCGAUCAUGUGCAUUUUGAAGCUGAUUUUCCUUUAAAAUAACCUUGGUUUGACAACUGGUUGAAGUGGCCAAGUAUGCGGUGACCAGAGAAGAAAAGAGGCCCUCCUGGACCUUUCUCAAAUGAGGUGAAACUCGACCACUGGCAAACUGGGCGCCUCUUCCCAAACGGCCUUGGGGAUGAGCACUGCCCAAAGUAGGCCCAGGGUAGAAUGUAGUAGGAAAGUGUCGGAGAGAGAGCGUGCUGCUGAAUGCACCUGAGUGGGCUGCAUGGGAGGGCACUAGGAGUGAGUUAGGCCGAAAGGUGAACACUUAGCACUCCACGAGGGACAGAAGGAGAACUGAGCUGACCCCCGGGCCACCAGAGAACCUGCAAACUCAGGGCAACUUUGAAGACUAGCUGUGACUCAUUUCUUCUACUGUGUGAGUAAUGCGUUCGUUCAGAGUUUGAUUCUGUCAGGCACCUGGCCUAAGUCACAAAAAUGCAUUCCUUCAAGCAUC